GCAGUGGAGAUGAAGGGGUUUGUAUGGGGCAGUGGACUUCUUCUUCUAUAUUGAUUGGGGGUUCCUUCCACCAGGAGCAGUUGAAGCGUGUCUUCAAAGUCUGGCUUUUGAUCUUCCUGCUUUGUGAUCGCCUUCAGUGCUCCCUCUCCUCUGUUGGCCGUGACUGGUUCUUCCUCUGGUGGUUUGGGCGGUGGUAGGGAGGUCAUGAAGUGAGCUUGG